UGCUUCAGCCUUCAGCUUUUGAUCAGAACUCUUCAAAGUCGUGACCGGACAAUGGCCAGCUGAUAGCUUGAUGUGAACUUCUCAGUGCCCCUGCUUUCGAACCAACAGCUGCCUCUCACUUCUUCCAGGCAUCUUAAAUUACGCCAGAAGCAAGCGCUGUGCAUAGAUCAGUUGGCAGACCAGGCACCACCUGUGAAGGAGCUCGAUUCGAGCCACGCAUACACACUUGCUGGGCCAAGAAAGCAAGCCCAUUUUGGUAGAGUAUACAUCAUCUGGACCAGUCCGCAGGGGCCUGCGUGGGAUUUGAGCAAUGUGACACAAAAAGACUAAGUUGUGAAAAAAGAUCGCACAACUUGGCUCCUAAAUUAAAUAGCCUGUGUCUCCACCUGGUCAAUUCAAUGUUUUCGAUUUGGUCAGCUCAGCAGGGUCUGAGACCGAAUUGCCUAAGGUCCCGACUGCCAGGCAGAGUCCUUCUUUAAGUGUAGAUGGGGCUUGCAAGGUUGAUCCAUUCUGGCCUGUAAUCAUUGCCAGGAAGCACCAUGAUACUCUCUAGAGCAAGGAGCACGGCGGGUGCGCAGACAGAUAAAACGCAGCGUGACUCCAAGCCAAAGGUCCCAGAGCUCGAGGAGCUGCUGCAAAAGCGGGACUAUGUAGGGGCUGUCGCACUUUUGGAGUUCCGCCGACUGGCUGACAAGAAGGAUCCAAAGACCUCAGAGUGGUUAGCGUACAGCUACUUCCACUAUGGGUUACACGAUAAGGCGCUGGCCAUCUAUAAGGAGCUGGCUGAGCAGCCACACGCAGAUGGGAUGUACCAUAGCUAUGCGGCUGCCUGCUUAUACCACAUGGGGCGUUAUAAGGAGGCGGAGGAAGAAGCGCUGAAAGGUCCGAAGAACCCUCUUCAAACGCGGCUUCUCUUUCACUUGGCACAUAAGUCGGGCGAUGAGGCGAAGCUGAUGCAGUUCCACCAGCAACUGACGGACAGCCUGGAAGACCAGCUCAGUUUGGCCAGUGUGCAUUAUCUGCGGAGCCACUAUCAAGAGGCGACGGACAUCUACAAGAGACUUCUUCUAGAAAACAGGGACUUUCUGGCGCUGAAUGUCUACGUGGCCCUCUGCUACUGCAAGCUCGACUACUAUGACGUCAGCCUGGAGAUUCUCCAGGCGUAUCUACAAGCCAACCCUCAGAGCGCGCUCGCGGUCAACCUGAAGGCGUGCAACCACUUCCGCUUGUACAACGGAAAGGCAGCGGAAGCAGAACUGAAGCAGCUGCCGGAAGCAAGCCUCGCGGAAAACGACCUGGUCAAGCAUAACCUGGUCGUGUUCAGGAACGGGGAAAACGCGAUGCAGGUCCUUCCGACCAUGCUCGACAUGCCGCAAGAAGCCCGCCUCAACCUAGUUAUCUACUACCUGCGCAACCGCGAGACCACUGAGGCGUUCAACCUGAUCAAAGACCUAGAGCCGUCCACGCCUCCGGAGUACAUUCUCAAGGGCAUCGUGCACACGUGUUACGGGCAGAUGACGGACCACAGCGAGCAUCUGAAGAUUGCUCAACAGUACUUUCAGCUGGUGGGGGCGUCCGCGAGCGAGUGCGACACGAUACCCGGGCGGCAGUGCAUGGCCAGCUGCUUCUUCCUCCUCAAGCAGUUCGAUGACGUCAUCAUCUACCUCAAGUCCAUCAAAAGCUACUACCUCAACGAUGACGACUUCGCCUGGAACUACGGCGUCGCAAAGGCCGCAACCGGCGACCACAAAGAAGCGGAGGAGUCGUUCCUCCAGAUCCGGAGCGACCAGUACCGAACGGAGCCUACUUACUUAGCGUGGCUCGCCCGGUGCUUCAUCAUGCUGAACAAGCCGGGGCUGGCCUGGGAGCAAUACCUAAAGAUGGACACUUCCGACGAAUCGUUUAGCCUCCUCCAGUUGAUCGCCAACGACUGCUACAAGCUGGGCCAGUUCCUGUACGCCGCAAAAGCGUUCGACGUCUUAGAACGGCUCGAUCCGAACCCGGAGUACUGGGAGGGCAAGCGCGGCGCGUGCAUUGGACUCUUUCAAAUGGUCAUCGCUGGACGGGAAUCCAAGGACCUUCUGCGGGACAUCAUUUCGAUGCUGCGCAACACGAGCAAUCCGCAGGUCGAGUUCAUCAUCAAGGUGGUUCGGAAGUGGGCGAAAGAAAACGGCAUCCGGAGUAUAUAAUUCAUCUGCGAAUCGCACUACGCUCAAUUCGCCCGAUAUCGUUACGAUUGCACAUGACAAGGGGUCCGGUUGCUUGCAUGCUCGCAAUUACGUCCGCGCCGGCCGGGCCAGUGUAAUCCUGCUUGUUGGAGGUCGGAACUUCAAAGUCGUCCGUGCCGGAAGCAAAGCGCCGUUGCCAAGUUGUUGAAAAUGAAUCC